AUGUCCCGGGUCUAUAUUGCCCUGCACAACUUGCCGCAGCAAUUUGCGGAAGAGUCUGCUCUUUAUGUCGCCUUGCUGCAAGCCGGUGUCGAGUACGUCGUUAGAGUAUCAACCAAUGUGGAGUACAUUAGCCCAAUUAGCCCUGUGUACUACGGUUGCUCUCACUGGGCCAUCGAGAACUUGUUGGGCCAGCCAGAAUUCAAAAACUGGAUCAAAUCGUAUCGUAAAACUGGCAAGCAGGAGACAUUGAAUAUAGUCCCUGAUGCUGAUAUGGCUGUGGCAAUGAUUGAUCCUGACGACUUCGGUACUAUUGGGGCACAUCUACUGGCUCUUGAGGACCCGAAUCCUCAUAAUCAUGCCAAGUAUAUUCUUAGUGGUCCCGAGGAUGUAACUGAGAGAGACAUUUUCAGAAUAGUCGAGCAGUAUCUAGGAACCAAAGUCGAGAAGACAGAGUUCAAAGUAACUAGCUGGCUUGAUGACUUGAUUAAGGAGGGUGUGUAUCCGGAAAAGGUUUUGCCAUCGAUAAUGGCUGGAUUUGAGCCAUUGUGGCAUGGCAAUUGCUCGCUCGCUGGCACACCGACUAGUAAGGAAAUCAUAGAUCUCGCACCCCCGAAGGGUACAGCUAUGAAUGUAUUGAAAGUUCUAUUAGAAGAUUAA